AUGUCUCCUGAAAGGUAUAAACACUUGCUGUCAAUGGUUGCACCUAGCAUAACAAAAAAAUCUUGUCAAAGCCGUCAAACUAUAUCACCUUCAGAACGAUUGACUGUGACCCUGAGAUGUUUGGCUACUGGGGAUUCACAACAAACACAAUCUUUUUAUUUUAGACUGGACAGAACAACAGUAUGCAACAUAAUCAAUGAAACAACAAAGGCUAUUUGGGAUGUUUUGCAACCAAGUUAUUUAAAGGCACCAGAAAGUUCAGAUGAGUGGGAAAAAAUAGCAAAUGAAUUUGAAAAUGAGUGA